AUGGAGGUCAGCUUGUUGGUCAGGCUGCUAGCGUCCAUGCUUGUGCUGCAGUGUGUGGUCAGCGGUCAGUCUGACAGUGACGUCAACGCUAAGUGGGGAGUGGCCGACAGUACUGCUACCGUGGGACAAUUAUUCCGCUUACAUAUACCUGGGGACGCUUUUAGUGGCAUCGUGCUGUCACACACAGUAACUCGUUCAGAUGGCACACCUCUUCCAAGCUGGUUGGAGUUUGAUACCAAAGAAGCUUUGCUCCAGGGAAUACCAACACCUGCAGAUGCUGGUCAGCUGUACCUGGAGGUGACAGCUAAAGGUGCAGACAGUAAGGCUUCUGUCACCACCACAGUAUUUGUCCGGGAUGUGCCAUCCCACACUUCUGGGUCUCCACUGAGGUUUAAGACAUCAGGGCCAGAAUUUGUCUGGUGUAAGCAGACAGAGCCAGAAACUGUAGCCACACUGAUUGUAGAUGCAGAUUUGGAAAUUCUUCCUGCAUCUCAGCGAUUGGACUUGCUGCAGAAAUUUCUGUCACACAUGAGUCUCCAUGAGGGCAUGAUCAAAAUGGUUCCUGUGGGAGACUCUCCCUUACAUGACAGUUCAGCUCUGGUUUCUGGUAAUGGAGAUGGCUUGGCUCCUAAAACUUCUGGACUGUUCAUCUCAUGGCCGGUUGGUUGUGGUCAAGUCAAGGAGAGCCAUUUCUCAGUCUUGCACAAGCUUGAUGAUGACUCCAGCAGUGGCAAAAUGGCCGCAGUCCUCGGACACUCAGUCAUCGGCUGGCAUGUCACAAACAGCCAUUUUCAAGUAACCCCAAGAAAAAGGAGACAGGUGCAAGCCACGCCUACUCCAGCCCUGUCGCCAGUCAUGCCAACAAAAACCAAGACCGAAGCAACCAGCGACAGGAUGACUCACACAUUGAUUGACGUUCAGUCUCCGUCUUUCAUCCAGCCCACAGCCACUCAGCCACCCGUCACCAAAACGGAUGAACCCAUAGUUCCUCCACCAGUUCCAGCAGGGGAGACCUCAGCCAAGCUGAUGCCCACAGAAACCACACCAGCUGUGACCACAACUAGGGAGACACCACCGAUCAUCCCAACCAAGACCCGGGAACCUGGUGUACCCACUGAUGUUCCCCCAGUUGUGAGUGUGGAUUGUGAGCUGGGACAGAAGCCAAAGGUUAAGAGUCCACCCGUGAAGCUGAUGUACCAUGUUGGAGAUGUCAUUGACUAUGUGGUUCCAGAGGACACCUUUGAAGACUGUGAAGUGGGUGGGACACGGGGAUUGGAACUGGUCUUGUACCCAGACACAGGUAAGGAUGAUCUUCCAGAAUUCUUGCACUUUGAUUCCAAGCAGCAGAAGCUGGUGGGUCUGCCCAUGGAGGCUGAUGUGAAAGUGCACAAGUUUCAAUUGGAGGCCAAGAAAACAGAGAGUUUGUUUGUCCGUGUGGAGCUGACUCUGAUAGUCAGGGAUUUCCGGAUGAAGAAGAAGAUCAACCAUGAGCUCUCCGUGACCAUUGAUUACGAUUACAAGGAGUUUAUGGGCAAUGUGUCGGAAAGAGUGCACCUGGCUAACCGAAUUGCUAGUGUUUACGGUGAGCCUGACACCAAACGUAUGGUAGUCACCAACAUUGGCCAGGGCUCGGUCAUCUAUCAGUGGACUAACACCAGUCUGGCAUCAUCUGAUUGUCCUGUUGAUGAUGUCCGAGUUCUGGUCAGACAACUUGUCAAUGAAGAUGGCAGUUUAACUGAUCAUGCAAUCAUGAAAUUGAAACCUUUUGUGUUGUUGAGUGCACAGUCACAACCAGCUGGUGCUUGUUUAGGAAAAGAGAUGUUUCCUGAGGUUGUUGGCCAACCAAAAGAAGCAGGGACUAUUCCAGAGAUGACCACAAGUGAGGCUGCUGCUAAGGGAGCAGCAGGAACCGGUGAUGAAGAUGAUGUGUGGAUAACGACAGUGGUUCCUGCUGUAGUCAUUGUUGUUAUCCUGUUCAUUGCUCUGCUUGUUGCCUGCAUUCUCUAUCGCAAAAAACGCAAGGGGAAGAUGAAUGUAGAAGAGCAGAAUACAUUCAUCAAUAAAGGUGCUCCAGUUAUAUUUCCCUACGAACUGGAAGAAAAACCAAGUGAUGUCAACAAACCACUUCUAGUGGAAGGAACUCAAGCCCCUCCGCCAGAGUACCAGCGGGCAUCUAGCGAGAGUCCAGAACGGCCACUAGCUGGCAACUACAGGAAUUUGACGGCCACUUCCGCGGUCGAUGACAGCAUUACUGAAAUACCAGAACAGCCCUACGAACCACCUCCCCCUGUCACUGCUUCCACCAAUGGUAAACAAACACGGCCCUCUCACCAACAACAACAGCAGCCCUUCACACAGCCACCUCAGAUUUUGCCAUAG